AUUUGAGGCCGUAAAAGUUCUCAAGAGAAAAGGAGAGUAUUAAGGUCUAGCUAAUUUACCCAGAAAGAAAGGCAUCAAGGAAGUUCUAUACUUUCCUGAAAAGAAAAUAGCCAAGUUCCAGAGUAAUACCCUAGUGUUGACAUACGAGAACUUAUAAAAGGACGACUCCUAAUAGCAUUGUAUAGAACUUCACCACAAAUUUCUCAGAUUGAAGUCUCUUCCAAGACCACCUCUAUUCCAGAUUAAUUACGCAAUUUUAGCUCACAAACGACAAUGUCAACUGUAAUGCCAACGGGUUUCAGGUUCCAUCCGAAGGAUCACGAGUUGGUGAGCUAUUACCUGUAUAGCAAGGUGAAUGGGGAAGAGUCGGUAAUUCCACCACCAACCUAUAGGAUGCCAGAGGUCGACGUCUACGGCGAAGAGCCUUGGGAAAUUUGGGAGAGAUUCGGACAGCAAGACGAAGAACCGUUGUAUUUCUUUGCAAUUGCCAGGAAGUUAAACCCCAACGGUAAGCGGAUUGAUCGCAGGAUAAACUCGAGAUUGGGAACAUGGAGCGAGGGAGAAAGAUCAAAGUCUAAACCGGUUGAUGAUGAGAACGGAAACCCAAUUGGGACAAAGAGGAAAUUCCGGUAUGAGAAUGAUCAUUCUUUGCACCAUGCUGCUUGGCAAAUGGAAGAGUACAGCAGCAAUUUUUCUCCCCAUUGGGUGAUUUGUCAUCUCAAAAAGAACAAGCGCUCAUCCGAAUCAAAGAAGAGAGAGGACAUGUUAUGCGCAGAUGAUCCAUCAAGAUCGACAGGGAUGAAGUGCAUUAAGCCAAGGAACAAGAGGUUAAGAAGAGUGGAUCAUCAAGAAGUGAUGGAAAAUACUUUGAUGAAUAUGCCCAGCAAUAACAAAGAUCAUCCAUCAACAUCAACAGAGAUGAAUAUGCCCAGCAACAACUACUACUUUGAGGAGGAUUUACCACAAAGUUCAACUAAAAGUAGUACUAACGCUAAUGACCAGCAAUUCAGUAUUAGUGAAAACUUGGAUUUCGUUGCGGAUCAUGUUCAUACUAAUCUCAUGCCAAUCAAUAAUGUGAAGGGGAUCGAUCAUUUGAGUAUGCCCGGCAACAACUACCACUUUGAGAAUGGUUUACAGCAAAGUUCAACUACUACCAGUAGUACUAAUAACGACGAUCUGCAAUGCAGUAUUAGUGAAAACUUGCAUUUCGCUGCGGAUCUUGGUAAUCUCAUGCCAAACAGUGGUGUCAAGGUGGUUGAUCCUAUGUAUACGGUGUACCCCCAGCAACAACUACUACUACUAUGAGAUGGACUUACAGCAAAGUUCAACUACUAGUAGUAGUACUAAUGAUAACAAUCAGCAGAUCAAUGUUACCAGAAACUUGGACUUCGUUGCAGGUCAUGAUCAUGUCAAUGAUCGAUGCAAAAGGGGUCGAUACUAACUACUGGGACAAUCUAUUGAACUUGUUACUUGCGGAGGAAGACAGUGGCUGUUAUGGGAAUGGUAGUUUGGCUCCACAGCCUGAGUUAAACAUCGUAGGUUGCGAACAUGAUUAUCUCUUGAGAGAGACCACGAUGUACCAGCUGGUUGUGGUCUUUGGGUUCCAUAUUUCUUUCCUUUCUUGUUGCAUAUGUAGUCUCUUUUUUAGCCAAUAAUGUGUACUUUUCUCUCUUGUUGUGUAAAACGCCCCUAAUUUAAUUCUGGUUCUGCGUUGAAACACAA